GAUCCAGGAAGUCCAAAGCGUAAAUGUGGAGCCCGCUUGGGUGAGGGAGGGUGAGGAGGAUGCCCAAGUGGGAAGAGGACGUCCACGAGCUGUCCGAAUGUCCGAGUGUGGUUCGAGUCAUGCAUGAGCUUCUGGCUCGGUGGGUUUCUGUCCUUGGGAAAGAGAGGGUACACCGCCCUACCCCUCCUGCGAAGCGAGGACAACGACACAACGGCUUGCCCACUCAUGCCCUCAGAAUACCGAGGAGGGGCUUCUUCGGUACCGCUCGGGUCGAUAUCUUUGCCAAGCAGCUUUCCUGGAAAUGGACCAGUCGUGGGAGAGUAUGUGAAGGUGGAGGUGGCACAUUUGCGGGCGUGGCUUCUAGUGGACCGACAGUCAGAGGGUCAUGGAGGGAAGCAAACCAUUGCCUUGCCAGGCUGGCUUGCGGAUAUAGCCAAAGGAUGUUCCAUUCCGGAUGGAAGUGAGGUAUCCGUGACCGACAGAGUCUCUCCUUCGAAUGGGACUGCGGUUGUACGUCGCCUCAGAAUUCGGAAAGUCUCCACAGAGCCAUGGAUACCGACGACACUGGGGAUGCGAAACACCCUCGCUUCGUCGACACCGUCCUCGAUGAACAUUCCGGGCCUCUUGGAAACGAUCGCCACCAGCUUGGAGGAUAGACCUGUACAAACAGGGACGUUGUUCCCCGUGUCGGUACUUGGGCGCACUGCCGUCUUUCGCAUUGAAGGCGUUGAAUCGGGAGAUGACGAUCCCAUGCUAUCUGAGCACGUUGCGAUGGUUCGCAAACAGAAGUGCGAAAUUGAAAUCCUAUCCCCUGACCCAUAUACCCGGGGACGGCGGGGCCCGCGGUUUGGCGGUUAUGAGGACGAGGCGGAUGAGCUAGCCAGAUUGAUUGAGGCCGCGUUGUAUCAUGGAGAAGCGCAUGACGGGCUUAAGAUUGCAAGUUUGCGAGCGAUGAUGGUCUGUGGGCCGACCGGAGUUGGGAAGUCUUUUUUCAUUCAACAUGUAGCCAACGAGCGGUUGCGGAUCCCGGUGUUUCCCGUCCAGAUCUCCGAGAUCUCGGUUUGGGAAAAGGCGUCCAGCACAGCGGGUAUCACCUCCGAUGUCUACAUCAGCCCGUUGCGCAAGGGUAUCGAGAAAGCUCGCUUGACGGCGCCAGCAUUGGUGAUCCUGGAGGGGAUGGAACUUCUUUCGGAAGACUUCAAAGCACCAGACUAUGAUCGCAACUCAGUCGCCGCAGACAUCGCAAGCGAGAUCCAUCGCAUUGAACUCGACUCUGGUGUUUGUGUGCUGGCCUCCUGUGUGGACAGCAAGAAACUACCUGGGAGGUUACGGCGGUCGGAAGAAGGAGGGUGCUUUGAUCGAAUCUUGGAGCUUGAUGUGCCGGCCCGACCCCAGCGAGAAGCCAUCGUCCGUGGGCAUCUAGACGGCCUCUAUCUGGCGCCUGAUAUUUCCUUUUCGUUAGACGAUUCGCAAACCAAAAGCGUUGAGGAGUUGUACGCUCUGCAAAUAAGUCAAAAUAGCGCCGGUUUCAUCGCGCGGGAUCUACAAUACCUCGUUUCUCGCGCUGUGCAGCAUUCGUUGUCAAGGGUACCAACCGGGGAAGCGAGUCCUGCCGAUACCCUUUCCGCCGACCUGCAAAAGCUUUCAAUCGAAGAUCAACCAGAUACUGGAGCGAAAGGAACAGCAAAUCUUGUCAUCAACUGGACCCAAGACUUCGCCUACGCCUUCUCAAUCACGCGCCCCGAGCACGCCGGCUUCGAAACCAGAAAGCCAAACAUCCGCUGGGAAAGUAUCGGUGGGUACACUGCCCUGAAGCAGCAACUCCAACGCCUCGUCCUCUGGCCUCUCCAACAACCGGAGUCCUAUACGCGUUUGGGCGUCCGACCGCCCGCAGGACUCUUGCUGUACGGCCCAUCAGGAUGUGGGAAAACACUGCUUGUCCGCGCAUUGGCUGCAAACUCGCCUAUGAACUUCAUUUCGGUCAAGGGGAGCGAGAUCUAUUCAAAAUAUUUGGGAGAUUCGGAAGCUAUGGUCAGGAAGCUGUUUGCUGCAGCGAGACGGUUGGCUCCGUGUCUUUUGUUCAUGGAUGAGUUGGAUGCUAUUGCGGCGCGGCGAGAGUGGGGCGACGCAGGCAGCUCAGGCGUUAACGAACGCGUACUUUCUACUUUGCUGAACGAAAUGGACGGCGUGCAAGAGCGCAAAGGGGUGUUUAUCAUUGCGUGCACCACGCGGCCGGAGUCGCUCGAUGAUGCGUUGCUUCGACCAGGACGACUGGAUCAUCAUCUCUACGUCUCGCUGCCAAGUAUUGAAGAUCGUUUGGGGAUAAUGCAAAGCCUUGUGAACAAAUCGGCUACUACAGGAGCUGCCGUGUCUUCGAUCAUCAGCGGCGACGUGGACUUCGACGCAUUGGCGUCAAGAACGGAGGGAUACACCGGCGCUGAUCUUACUGUGCUUAUUCGGUAUGCGUGCAUUGUGUGGUCACAUUCCUUCAUAUAAUUGCUCAUUCGUUGAUGCGUCAAAUAGGGAAAGCGGAAUUCAAGCGUUCCGGACAUCAACAACAGCCACGCAAAUCACACAAGCCAAUAUCGAUGCUGCAUUGGCUGGGGCGAUUCUUGGGAAUGCUGACGAUGAUAAUCCAUUUGAGAGCAGCUCUGUGGGCCAUGAGGAC